CGGGGACGGCCCGCGCCAACAUGCGGAGGCCGGUGGCGGCGGUGGUGCGGGAGCGGGAGCGGGGGCCCGAGCGGGCGCUGGAACCGGAGCCGCAGCGCGAGCGGGGCCCGGAGCGGGGGUCCGCGCCGCGCUGCUGAGGGAGCCCGGGCCGCUGCCCGGCCGGCCGGGGGCCACGGCCACGGCGGAGUCCCCGAGCUGGGAGCUACGAGAUUUGAGGCGGCGGGACCUGUCAACAGAAUGUGUCCUCCCCCUGCAUGCGACCCUGAGGCCACCGAGAUGAGCACCACGGCCGGGCCCUGGCAAGCGGCCGCGUCUCACUAGCAGGGAGCCCGCCGGGCCGCCAUGGUGUACUAGCCCCGAAGAGCCGGCCGCAGCCUCAGGUCUGCCCGGACCCGGGAUUUGCACGGCAGCAGAGUCACCGUGGAGAGGCCAGGGUACCACAAACUUAUGGAUUUUGACAAGAAAGGAGGGAAAGGGGAGUCGGAGGAGGGUCGGAGAAUGUCCAAGGCCGGCGGCCGGACCAGCCAUGGCGUCCGGAGCUCGGGGACCAGCUCAGGGGUCCUGAUGGUGGGACCCAACUUCCGGGUCGGGAAGAAGAUAGGCUGUGGCAACUUCGGGGAGCUCCGGCUAGGGAAGAAUCUCUACACAAAUGAGUACGUGGCUAUUAAACUGGAGCCCAUCAAGUCGCGGGCGCCCCAGCUGCACCUGGAGUACCGCUUCUACAAGCAGCUCAACGCCGCAGAGGGCGUCCCUCAGGUCUACUACUUCGGUCCUUGUGGGAAGUACAAUGCCAUGGUGCUGGAGCUUCUCGGGCCGAGCCUGGAGGACCUGUUUGACCUGUGCGACCGCACGUUCACGCUCAAGACGGUGCUCAUGAUCGCCAUCCAGCUGAUCACGCGCAUGGAGUACGUGCACACGAAGAGCCUCAUCUACCGCGACGUGAAGCCCGAGAACUUCCUGGUGGGCCGGCCGGGCAGCAAGCGGCAGCACGCCAUCCACAUCAUCGACUUCGGCCUGGCCAAGGAGUACAUCGACCCCGAGACCAAGAAGCACAUCCCGUACCGGGAGCACAAGAGCCUCACGGGCACGGCGCGCUACAUGAGCAUCAACACGCACCUGGGCAAGGAGCAGAGCCGCCGCGACGACCUGGAGGCGCUGGGCCACAUGUUUAUGUACUUCCUGCGCGGCAGCCUGCCCUGGCAGGGGCUCAAGGCCGACACGCUCAAGGAGCGCUACCAGAAGAUCGGGGACACCAAGCGGGCCACGCCCAUCGAGGUGCUCUGCGAGAGCUUCCCAGAGGAGAUGGCCACGUACCUGCGCUACGUGCGGCGCCUGGACUUCUUCGAGAAGCCGGACUACGACUAUUUGCGCAAGCUCUUCACCGACCUCUUUGACCGCAGCGGGUUCGUGUUCGACUACGAGUACGACUGGGCGGGGAAGCCCCUGCCCACGCCCAUCGGCACGGUCCACUCCGACCUGCCAUCGCAGCCUCAGCCUCGGGACAAAGCCCCGCCACACAGCAAAAACCAGGCGGUGAACUCCACCAACGGGGAGCUGAACGCGGACGACCCCACGGCCGGGCACUCCAACGCCCCCAUCACAGCGCCCGCGGAGGUGGAGGUGGCCGACGACACCAAGUGCUGCUGCUUCUUCAAGAGGAGGAAGAGAAAAGCAGUGCAGCGUCACAAGUGACCCCGGGGCCGAGGCGCCCCGACCCCUCCUGCCACAGCCCCCCCGGGGCAGUCCGGCCCCGCCGCGCGGCGGCGUCCAGGACGCAGACUGCAGGGCUGGCCGCAGCUGCCCGCCUGGCCCUCGCGGGCUCACUUCCUUCACACGAGACUUUGGCCGAAGUUUCUACACCCGUGUCUAGUCCUUCCCUCUGAGAGCAGUGGCAGUGGAACAAGGAGAAGCGGCGGGGGCCGCCGCCCGCCGGAGUGAGUAGUCGGCCGCCCACGCCGCCGCCCUGUUAGUCGCAUAAAGUCCAGCUUGUCUCCCUCGAUCCAAAGGCCGUUUUCUCGAGGGGGCACCGUGGGCGUCGCUGCGGGGGGGUGAGCCCGCCCUGGGCUUCUCCGCGCCACAGGGGAAGGCGGGGUGGGGGGAGGCCCAGACCAAAUGCUGCCGCAGAUCCUGGACCGGCGGGCACAGCCCCGAGGGGUCUCCUGCCGCCGCUGCUCGUGGAGCCGAGUCCAGGGCCCAGAGCCCCAGGGGCGGCACCUGCUUGGCGCUCGGGCCGAGGUCUGUGCGCAGGUGUGCACGGGCUUUUCGCGGCCGUGCUCCACGCCCCGGCGGAGCAGCGGGAGACAAGCGCCUUAAAGUCCUGUCCCAGCCCCGCGGGCGCGCCCAGGCAGGGCAGCCCUGGCGGGAGCCAUUCCCCUGCCCCCCCCCACCCCCGGAGGGCCUGCGCGGGCUCCCGGGCUGGAGCAGCGGGGCCAGCCUGGCAGCGGGUGUGCGUCUAGGCCUUGCUUUACCGUGUACAGAAACGGCACUUCGGUUUCUCUGACGCUUCCUGGAAGCCAUAGAGUUUAGGGGCUUUUUUAAAAAAAAUAAAGGAAAAUGAAAGUCCUGA